GUUAGGAAACUGAGGGUCCGUGUAACAUGAUAAAUAAGUAAAUGAAAGCUGAAAACAUAUGGUAAACAGCAUAAUAGAAACACUAUCACAGCAGCUAGAUCUCUAUCUGUAACCUUGAACUACGUCAGUGUGUAAGCCAAUUCGUUCAAUACAAGGAAACGUGGUUAACUUGCACACAUUUGCCUGCAGUGGUACACGAGUGAAAGGAUGGGAGAAUCCGUAAGGACGACUGACGGGACAGGCUAUCAGUAUACAGAUAACUUUGACGUUACUGACGAAGUGAAAGAGCAGUUUGGCAGGGAUGGUUUUAUUAUAUUGCGGAAUUUUUUGGACACCGAAGAGGUGACUAACUUGAGAACAGCCCUGGAGCAAGACAAGACCCUGGAGGACAAUUACUAUACCAGGGACGACGGGGAGGGAAAUCAGGCCAAAAUGGCAAACUGGAAUCACCCUGUGGAUGACAUAACCGGGAUGAUUGGAAGGAGUGAUAAAGCUGCUGGGACCAUGGAAAAGGUAGCUACAGUACAUCUUUUAGGGGGAGAGGUUUAUCAAUAUCACGCCAAAGUCGUCAUGAAAGAACCGUUCACAGGGGGUGCAUUUGUGUGGCACCAGGAUUACGGUGAUUGGUACCAUUACGGCAACCUGUUUCCAAACAUGGCUACUGUGUGGAUUGCUGUGGACAGAGCAGAUAAGACAAAUGGAUGUCUGCAGAUACUACUUGGCUCCCAUCAAGCUGGGCGACUGGAGCACCUGAAAGUCGGUGAGCAAGCAGGGGCUGACCCGGAACGCGUAGAACUCCUGGCCAAAACCUGCCCCUUGACCUACGUCCAGCUUGACCCUGGAGACGCUGUGAUAUUUCACUGUAAUCUGGUCCAUCGAAGUGACCAGAAUCAAAGCCAGAGCCGCCGUUGGGCUUACCUUGUCUGCUAUAACCGUGCAUCCAAUGACCCAGUGUAUAAACACCACUAUCCCAACUACACGCCCCUGUUUAAGGUGCCGAAUAGCAGAAUAAAGGAAUGUGACACUAAAACAUCCACCGAACGAAAGAUUUUUUUCCAAGGACCCUCUGAUAUCCCGGGCUUCUAAAAUAAAAUGCAAAAUUACAGUACCAGCAAUAAAAUUAUUUUGCAACAGACAACUAGCGCACUACGUGAUCAGAGAGUAACGUGCAAUUCUUUACACAUGUGGAAGUGAAUGAAUCUCCAAAUCAAAUGACCUUCUGAUUUUGUCUGAAAAUAUAUAGUAAUUUAGCAGAGCGCCACAUUAAUUUUUUGUUACAAUUAUUUUAUGAUUGGAGAGGAAUACACUAUAGCUGUAGCUCUAAUUUAAGCUUCAUUUGGGUGAAUGUCUAUUGCUUAUGCACUGUAGAAUGCUACGUUGUACGUACUAUAUGUUUAUUUCUUGCAAUAUCAGUACAAGAGUAAUAAAUACACGAACUGAUUGUGUGUAGAGAAAUGUGUUUUUCCCCUCUUCUUUCAAAGCCUUUUCUGGUAUUACAUGUGCAUGAAUUGGACAACUGGAAUAUCCUCUGUUGACGUACAAAACUGACUUUUCUUUUAUUUGAUUAGACAACUUACUCAGAAUUACCAAGGGAGUUAAAAUUCAAUGUUUAGUUUAUUGUGGGAACAGCUAGUGGGGGUUCACAGAGGGGGGAGACGCCCCAGGACUUUUAGACCCAAGAGUGGGACAUUUAAUGACGAAAAAUAGAGUUCAUUUUGAUGGCAGAGGACUUAGUACCUUUACUUUUAAUUUAUUGAAUAUGAAAGAUAUUAAGGUAGUAGAUAUUAAGAUGGUGACUGACAUCUUUAAAAUUGAGAGAUGAAAUGUGUAUUUGUUACUGUUAUUUUAAAGGAAGAUAACCCCUCCUUCAUGGUCAUUGAUCAUGUUCUCCCUAUACAGUAAGUUUGUAAAUUUUGUAUCACACUACUUUAUAAUUGUUUAAAAGGAUUUAAUACAUAUUUAGUAUUGAUGAAAUUUCUAUUUACAUUUUAAUCAUAGCAGGUCUUGUUGUAUGUGUUUGCUUAAUAUUAAACAGGCCAGUAUAUCUGUUUUCAUUGUCUUAAAUCUUUCCUUUUUUUAUAGCUUGUAUUAGAGUAACUGUACUAUUUUUUUUCAGAAAAAAAAAUGCUGCCAUAGAAGGUUCCAGGCAGUAGAGUGAUAUGUUAAAAUAAUCCAUUAAAUUUGCUCAAAGCACUAUGUGUAAAACAUUUUUUAAAUAUAAUGCAUGAGCUUUUACUGAAACCCAAAGACUUCAAUGUAGUUCGUUGUCAAACCAUUAUAAAAAGUGACAAAGUUAAAAUAUAGUAGGGACCUUUCAGUCAGUCCAACACGUAUGUCUAGACAUCAUGUCAGUCUGUUACAGGC